UGGAAAGGUUUUAUCUUGAACACAUGUCGUUGCUGAACGAGAGACUAUUGAGAAGAAUGUUUAGUUCGAUGUUGAACAAUGUCUAAUCAGAUCACAACUCUAACAUGAACCACUGUUUAUUCGAUUUAACUUAGAGCUUAUAUCAGGAACACUAUGGCUUUUGCAAUACCACGUUGUAAAAGUCCAGUCGGUUGGAGCACCACAAAUAACGAUUACGGACAAUGUUACAUAGCAGGUAGACGAGGAAAUGGUCUCUACAAGAAAUUCCACUCCAAAAAAGACACAAGUCGACCUUCGACUGCGCAUGCGCGGUUUACUUCAACAAAGGUUGGACCUGCGAGAUUUCAGUCAGCAAAGAGUGCGAGACCAAGAAACCCUACUCCACACGCAAGUCAAGAUUCUAUGCUUACCAAAUUUAGAUCUAUGACAGAACCCGGUACUGACCCGAGUAUCUAUUUCAACGGGCCCCCCUAUCUCGAGAAUUAUAGAGCGCCAGAAAUGAAAACAGCCAGGGAAUAUUUACAAGAUGCAGAUGGAUAUUCUGGAUUCUCAACCCGGAGGAAGUAUAAAUCUCCAGAUUGCAUAUCGUAUCAAAACACUGGAACAGUCGGACGCAAGCACGUUUACCCACCAACUCCACCUACCACCAGAUCAAAGAAAACUCAGGUUGAAUUAAACACCGACAACACUAGACGAUUCGGAGGAAUAACUCCGAAGCCUCCAAACAGAUCUAAAAGGUCCGUGGGGACAAAUACGAUACGAAAUAAGUUCAAGGGUGCGCGGACAAACAGACUAAUGCCUAGACCCCCUGGGCAAUAUAAAAACGUUUACGAUGAAGGAUAUCGAGAUUACACAUAUAGUUACGGCGGUCCUGUCAACAAUGCGGCCGGGUCGAGUAGCUACCUAGGAAAUGUAUUGGCGUCCAAGCUGCGGGCUCGUGAUAGCGAUGGCUACCCCAAGGAUAACUUCGAACAUUAUAUUGGCGUAAAGAAUGCUUAUGAGAACAACACCAGUGACCCGUAUGCAAGCGCAUAUCGAUCGGGGGAUGACUAUAACACUAUGAGAUAUGAAGCAGACUUGCAUCCUAGAACGUCACGUGAUGCACUAGCUGGAACGUAUGGAGCUACUUCACCGGUUUAUGAACCGAGAAUAACUUACGACAGUAAUGACUAUUCGUAUGACACACAUCUCACAUCACGUGAUGCAUUAGCGGGAUCUUACGGGGCUGAACCUUCUCAUCACUACUCAACACGCAUGCGUGGGGACAGUUUUGAUUAUCCAACUAGAUCCCGUAACGGUUUUCUAAAACCGUCUGAACCAUCAGCAGAUAUUAAACGGUUUCAAAGUGCCUUUUCUCCAAAAUUUAAAGCAAAAUAUGGCACAAAAUCUGUAAAUUUUGACAAUAUACGUCGAUCACCAAGACUUCAUACAUAUCCAGCCGGUUAUUCGGGUGAAUAUGAUCGCCCUCUUUCAGCAAGUUAUGUGUACUAGUUGACUGGACUAGAGUUUGCAUUUGUAAACUACGUAGUUUUAAUCUAUUUUAUAGUCUUUCUUUCGUAAUUGUAAUUAAUUGUAAUUGGCAUGAUCACAGAUUACUCGUUUUGGCUCAUUAGUUAUAAUCAUGUUUAUAUUGGAGGGUUUUUCGGGGAUCGUUACUUAUUUGAAAACUAAACGUUCUAAUCGAAUCAUUACUAGUGUAUACAUGGAAAUGACUAAAACAUGAUGCCUAUUUACAAUAUGUACUCAGUCGAUUUAAAGAGGUCGCUACAUGUUCACCGAUAUGGCUAUGUGCAAAUAUACGUUUGCGCCAUCUUUAAAUCGAAUUUGCGAAGAAUGAAUUUAUACUUUUGUUUUAAGUCGCAAAUUAAAUAAAGUUUAACACGAUUUAAUAACGUAUGGGUAAAUCAUCCACAAUGCAUUGAUACUUCUCUUAGAAUGUUCUUAUUAUGUACUAUUCCAUAAUAACAUAUUUUCCUUGGGAAAUAAACUGGGAGUAAAAAUGAUAUUUAAAAAUCCCGUAUCAGAUCCCGUAUCAGCCAAAAUACCGUAUCAGAUCCCCUAGUGGAUCCCAUAUCAGCCGAAAUCUUGUAUCAGAUCCCGUAUC